AUGAAUAAUAAUCAAAUUGGUGAAUCCUCCAGAAUAAAGUCUAUGGCAUUUGAUAUAAGAGAAGUAUCGAAUUAAGGUCAAAAAUAUUUUGCAUAUUACAAGAAGAAUACAAUGAAAAAAGAAUUAGAAAAAUAUCUUAUUCAGGAUUUAAACUUUACUCAUAAUUGCAAGAAUUUGAGAAAAUAUAAAAAGAGUGCUGAUAGUCAUAAUUAUAAAGCUUUUGAAUAUGAAGGGGAAUACAAAAUAUUAAGAGAUCUAAUUAAACCCAAAGAAGAAACAAUAUUAAAAAUCAUUUCUGAUAUAGUAUCUGCUCUUAUGAUUUUACAUUCUAAUUAAAUUAUUGGUAGAUGCUUCAAUAUUGACAAUAUUAUUCUAGUCAAUGGAUAUACGCCAGUUUUAAUGGAAUUUGGAUACUAUCCAAAAAUGGAUUAUAUAGUACCUGAAUAACUAUACAAUACUUAAUUGAAUGAAAAGAUAGAUAUAUUCUUAUUAGGUAGAGUUAUUUACUAUUUAACUGUUGGUAAAGAAUUACCUAUUUAUAAUCUUAAUAAUUUUGGAGAAUUGGAAGAGAAAAUUAAUAUGGCUAUUGCAGAAACUAAUUAUACAUAAAAUUUAAAGUUAUUUAUGUAAGGACUACUACAAAAAAAUAGAAAUAGUAGAAUUGAUUACAUAAAAAUAGCUUAGAAAUUUGAUUCUAAAUUAUUAAAUUUUUAUUAAAAUCAGUUUUAGAGAUUUAGUAUAAUAAUAAGUGAAACCAUAAAAGCAAGAUAGGAAUAUGAUAUUGAAAUUUAAGAAAGUGCUCCUUUUUUUAUCAAUAAUACUCAUAAUAAUAUAAUAAUUUGUUAAUAAAAUAAAGGACCAUAUGUUUCAUCAAUCUAAUAACCCAAUGUAUCAAAAAUUAAUUUAAAUCCACCUAAAACACCACCAGAUUUCAGUGAUGAUGAGAAUCUCUGUCCUCCUAUGAUUAAGACAUUAUAUAACAUGAAUUAAACUAUGGUAAUGGAUUCAGAAGAAAUUAAUAAAGAAUUGUUAAAUAUAUUACCUUUUUAUUUUGAAUCUUUUGAUAAAUAUUCUAUCUGGAAUAAUAUAUUCUUUUCUUUAUAUCGUUUUGGUUUAUUGAAGAAAUUAAAUGAAAUGAUCAUAAAUUUUAAAAAAUUAAGUGAUGAUUUAUGUUUAUGGAAGGCCUGUUUUGCAUUGAGUAAAAUAUCUAUUGUUCUAAAAUAAGAAUUAGUUAAUGAUUUAAAUUAAGAUAAAAAUAUAUUUUAUAUAGAUGAAUAAGAUUGGAAAGAAUUUGUAACUAAAGAUAAGGAUUAUAAAAAGAUGAAAUAGAAAUUAUAAUUAGAUUUAAAUUAAGAAAAAUCAAUAUUUAUAGGGUUGACAUUCUCAUAAUUAUACAAAGGAUAUUAGAUAUUUAAAUAGCUACCACCAUAAAAUGAUGAUUUUUAAAAUAAUGUAAUUAUAAUACUAAGAUAAUUAGAAUUUGACAUAUGGGAUCUUUGAAGAAUAUAAAAUUUCAUAUAGAGGAAUUUUAGUUGAAUCUAUCUGUUUCUUUGAAAAAUGUUUGGGUAAAGAAAGUUCUUUAAUUAAAUUAUUGCUUUUAAUAUGCUUGAAAAUAAAUAACAUACUUGAUUUAGAUGUGAUUUAAGAAAAUUUUCAAUAUGUGGCAUAAGUCUUGAAUUUAUAAUAAGUUAACACUGUUAAAGAAUUAGAAUUCUUUUUUGAAAAUAAAAAUGAAAUUCAUUUUGAUGAAUUUUAUAACAAAUUAAAAGAUAAAUUCUUUCCUUAAAAUCAAUAAUGA